AUGUCUCAAAAAUUCGACUUUGUUAAGGACAUCGAUGAUUCCAAAGAGACAUGGUGUCAUGCUGUUCGAAUUAUCGAAUUUUGGACUGUGAUUAACCGUAAGGGUAUAGAACACCUUGAAAUGGUUAUAAUGGAUGCAAAUUGUGAUGAAAUUCAAAUAUUGAUUCGUCAUGACCAUACACAAAAGUGGAAAGAUUUUCUCAAGGAAGAUAUGACAUGUGUCAUUAAUAACGGUAACAUGUAUGAUAAUGAUUUUCAAUGGAAAUUGUGUGAUCAUUCAAAGAAAUUUGUAUUUCUUAGUGGCACAAUUGUCAAACCUAUUGUGAUUGCCAACAUCCCCCAUAUGAAGUUUUACUUCAAGGAUUUUGCCGAUAUCAUGCAGGGGAUCUAUUUCUUUGGUGUUUUCCAUGAGAUUAAAAACAUUCAAGAAAAAACAAGCGGGAAGAAGGUUGUUGUGUCAUUGAAAUUUAGGGACUUGAAGGGGAACAUCAUAAAUUGUAGUCUUUGGGAAAAUGAUGGAUCUAAGUUCACAACUGAUUACAAUGAUGUUUCAAAUGGAUGGAGUGGUUCAAAAUUGCUGUUUAAUGAAGUCAUUUCUAAAAUACAAGAUUUUUUGUCAAAGUUACCUCUAUCUGAGAAGAAUGAGAAACCUAUACAGUCAGCAAAGUCUUUCUCUAAUUGGUCUGGUGGUUCGCAAUUUACAAUAAUAGAUAGGUACAAUGUUGAAAUAUGGUGCAACCGUGGAGACACAAAAUAUCGAUUUAUGUUUUGGGAUGUUGAUUGUACACAAAUAAUUGGGAAGGCAGUUGUUACGCUUCAUACGACAAUGGUAGAGGGUGGAGAAGACAAUCAUAUGGUUUAUUUGGACGAUCUUGAUCAGGAUCCAAGUCGCCGGAGAAAAUAA